AUGUCGGUAACUCCUGGUAAUUUGUCACUCAAUGGGACGAGCUUCUUCACUGAGAACCACAGCGUUAUGGACAAACCCAGCGAGCAGAGAACUUGGAAUGUCUUUCUGUUCUGCUUGACUUUUGCCAUUGCACUCCCAGCGCUUCUGGGCAGCAUUUAUUCACUGGUUUCGCUGCUGAAACUGCAGAACAAAACCACGGUUUCGAUGAUUGUGACCUCUUUGGCAGCAGAUGAUCUGAUCAGCAUCGUGCCAGUGAUUAUUUUCAUGCUCUCGCAGUGGUCAAGCGAAGUUCUCCCCCAGCCUCUGUGCACCACCUCAGCGUUUAUCUAUUUAUUCCAGGGCAUCUCUAGCAACCUGAAAGGGUCUCUUAUAGUUUCUUACAACUUCUACACCUUCAGCACGAGCUGCAGCUCCUCCAAGCGCCGUGUGAGCGUGCUGUGGGCCGUCCUCACCAUCUGGACCGUCAGUUUGCUGCUGUGCAUUUUGCCUCUCUGCGGCUGGGGCAGGUACAUCCCCACGGUCUGGGGCUGCUUCGCCGACUGUGCCAGCUCCUACAUCCUGUUUGUGCUCCUCGUGUACUCGCUGUGCUUCUCCCUGCUGGCGGUGCUGGCUGUUCCCCUCACCCUGCGGCUGCUGUGCUCAGGUGAGCCCCAGCACCUGCACCCCGAGCACCUGCAGGGCUCCGGAGCCCUCACCUGCCCCGGGACACCGUGGGGCUGCGGGGCUGCUGCCCCUCCCCUCGCGCUGCUGGAGCCUGGGGACAAAACCCCGCAGCCGUUCCAAAACUCGCGGGCAGAUUUUGGGAAGGGCGUGGCUGAGAGCAGCACGCAGAGCAGGAGCUUCACGGUGGGCAUUGCCCAGAAACGAUUCUCGCUGAUCCUGGCACUGGCCAAAGUCCUUCUCUGGCUCCCCAUGAUGGUACAGAUGGCUGUCCAGUACACCACUGGGCUGCAGAGCCUCUCCUUUGAGGCACUGAGCUUCCUGCUGACCGUGCUGGCUGCCACAGUCACCCCGGUGUUUGUCCUGUCCCAGCACUGGCUCCACCUGCCCUGCGGCUGCAUCAUCAACUGCAGGAGGAGCUCCUAUGCAGUGUCUUCACAGGAUGCCAAAACCAAGCGCGGCGGUUUUGGGUUCAACCUGUCCUUCCAGCAAGGCUGCGGAAUCUACAGGAUAUGCCAGGAGAAGGCUCCCCAGCCCAGCGGGGAUGGCGAACCCCCCUCCUGGCACAGCCUGCGGGGCCCCGGCGCUGCCCUGGCGGCGGGACGCGGCUCGGGGGGGCCAGAGUGGAGGCUGUCCCACCAGGAGAGCCACACUCCAGAGCUCUCAGACUGGGAGUGGUGCCGCACUAAAUCCGAGAGGAACCCUCGCCAGCGUGCAGCCGGAGCCCUGGCCGUGCCCCUGUGUGCCUUCCAGGGCACCGUGUCCCUGCAGGCCCCCUGCGGCAAAACCCUCUCCCUGUCCACCUACGAGGUGAGCUCCGAGGGGCAGAAAAUCACCCCCACGGCCCAGAAGAUCGAGGUGUACCGCUCCAAGAGCGUGGGGCACGAGCCGAGCGCGGGGGAGCCUCGGGCUGCCUUUGCUGACACGAGUGUGAAGAUUCACCUGGAGGUGCUGGAGAUCUGCGACAACGAGGAGAACCUGGACACCGUGUCCAUCGUCAGCAACAUCAGCCAGUCCUCCGCGCACGCACGGUCACCCUCGCUGCGCUUCUCCCGCAAGGAGAACAGGUUCGUGAGCUGCGAGCUGGGCGAGAGCGCCUCCUACUCGCUGCGCAUCCCCUCGCACUGCCCCGGCGGCGCCCUCAGCAUCUCCAUCCCCGACACCGUGGAGGCGCACCGGCAGAACAGCCAGGAGCAGCUCCGGGCCGGGGCGGGGCACCAGGAGGAGAUCCAGCUGCUGAACGAAGCCUACAGGGAGCGGGAGCGGGAGCGGGAGCGGCAGGGCAGCGGCUGAAGGGCUCGGUCCGCACACCUGCGGCGCUGCCACACGGCUCACCUGGAAACACAGCCGCUGUUCCACCGCGCGCGUUUCACUUGGGUGCACUGUCCAAUCAGUCCGAACUGUUAAUGCUGUCUCAAGGGGAUAACAAAUACCCAAGUGCU